AUGGUGGCGAAGCUGCUGCUCCUGAAGGCCGUGUGUGGAAGUGAGCAAAGGCCGUGUGUGGAAGUGAGUAGCUUGCUGUUUGAACAGGCGAGGACGGCGGCGAAGGUUCUGCUCCGGAAGGCCGUUUGUGGAAGUGAGCAGCAACCAGAGUGUGUGUGUGUGUCUCUUGAUCGACGCAGAGCUUGUUGCUUGAACAGGCGAGGACGGCGGCGAAGGUGCUGCUCCGUGUCUCUUGCUGUUAUGCUGCUUGUGAGGACAUACGAGGCAACGUCAGAAACUUUCAAAGACGUUCGCAGUUUCACUGCAUGCUCUCCCAAUGCAGAACGUGUUUUGGAGGAUAGUGUGAGUGUCUAA